UCUCCACCUCCUGCAGCAAACCCUAAUUUUGUCCUCUCCUUUCUUCUCUAGCUUCUCCUUCUUCUUCUGGUAGGCUGCUUGAUUGGGUGGUGGAUCAUACAUAAUUAUCAUAAGUACGUAAGAGAUCCCAGCAGUAAUUAAUUAGAAGGAGGUAAUUAGAAAGAGCAGCUGAUAUGGGAUCGAAGAGGAGGCCCUCACCAUCGGACGAAUGGGCAUUAAUGGAAGAUCAUGAAAGCACUUUAUAUAACACGAAUAACAGCGGCGGUGGUGGUGGCAGUGGCGGCAGCAGCAGAAGCAGAAGCAGCUACUACUCAAGCUCAAGAUCGCAGCAAGACAUGUCGACCAUGGUGUCUGCCCUCUCUCAAGUUAUCAUCGGAAACACUACUGCAUCAUCAUCAUCAAACCCUAGUCCCCUCCUUCAUGAUCUCCAAUUGCCUCCUCCUCCUCAUGGCUCCAUGUCUGCCCCACCAGUUCAACAACAUGAUGAAGAAACACCAGCUGCUGGAAGGGAGCAGCAGAGGAGAAGACAUUAUAGAGGAGUGAGGCAGAGGCCAUGGGGGAAGUGGGCGGCAGAGAUUCGGGAUCCGAAGAAGGCAGCGAGAGUGUGGCUGGGGACAUUCGAGACAGCGGAGAGUGCUGCGCUGGCUUACGAUGAAGCAGCCCUCAAGUUCAAAGGGAACAAAGCUAAGUUGAACUUCCCUGAGAGAGUUCUAUUUGGGAGAACUGAAUUUGGGCACCUCACCACUCGUCCACACUUACUUGCCACUGAUCAUCAUCAUCAUAAUCCUCCUCGUCCUCAUUAUGAUCUUCAACAUGGUGGCGCGCCUCUUCCCAUUAAUCUUCCUCCUGAUCGAUCUGAUCACCAUCUUAAUAUUAAUCUGUCAAUGCCACAAGCAUAUGCGGGCAGUGGUAGCAGCAGUAGUACUAGCAUUAGUACUCUCCCUGAUCAUCAUCAGCAGCAGCAGCAUCAUCAGUAUGCACAAUAUUUUCCUGAUUCUGGAGUGACAUAUUCAGAUGCAUCGGGGUGUUCAUCAACUACAGCUUCAUCUUCAUCGUCAUCUGUAAGAUUUUCACCAUCAUCACAUGGUGAUAAUUAUUAUUGCAGUGAUCAUCAUGAUGAUCGUGAUAUAUAUUAAUUGAUCCUAGCUUCUCUUAAUUGACUGAGGUAAUCUACGAGUAUGUGUGUGUGGAUGAAGUGAAUUGAAAGACGAUCGUGAAGGGGAGUUACAUACGCUUCUUGCUACUAGCUAUAUAUGCUUAAUUUAGUUUGGUUAUAACUUUAUACAGCUAAUUAAUUAUAUAUAUUCUCGAAUCAGCUGGUUAAUUGAUGUUUAUUUGAUACUGUGUACUCAAAA